UCUCUUAAGGCAUUGCUCUCUCUUGUAGCCUUAGGCUUUUAAUAAGUUUCCAGGCAGGGUUUGAUGGGGGUGGCUGCAGACAGACAGACAGCACCACUGAGCUCUCCAGCUGCACGGAUGUCACGCCUUGGCAUCUUUGCUUACCUGAACUACCAUGUGCCCCGCACGAGGAGGGAGAUCCUGGAGACCCUCAUCAAGGGGCUGCAGCGCCUGGAGUACCGGGGCUACGACUCUGCAGGUGUGGGACUGGACGGAGGAAAUGACAAAGACUGGGAGGCCAAUGCUUGCAAAAUCCACAUUAUCAAGCAGACGGGGAAAGUGAAGGCUCUGGAUGAAGAGGUUCACAAGCAGCAGGACAUGGACCUGGACAUCGAGUUCGACGUGCACCUGGGCAUCGCCCACACGCGCUGGGCCACGCACGGCGAGCCCAAACCUGUCAACAGCCACCCGCAGCGCUCCGACAGGAACAACGAGUUCAUCGUCAUCCACAAUGGCAUCAUCACCAACUACAAGGACCUGCAGAAAUUCCUGGAGAGCAAGGGCUACGAGUUCGAGUCGGAGACGGACACGGAGAGCAUCGUCAAGCUGGUCAAGUACAUGUACGACAACCGCGACAGCGACGACAUCAGCUUCUCCACGCUGGUGGAGAGGGUCAUCCAGCAGCUGGAAGGAGCUUUUGCCCUUGUGUUCAAGAGUGUUCAUUACCCUGGGCAGGCAGUGGGUACCAGGCGAGGCAGCCCCCUGCUCAUCGGCGUGCGCAGCGAGCACAAGCUGUCCACAGACCACAUCCCCAUCCUCUACAGGACAGCUGUACAAUCUAUGGAUCAUUCUUUUGAUGGAAUAUCCAUAAAAAUGGAGGAAGGGAAGGACAAGAAGGGGAGCUGCAACCUGUCCCGAGUGGACAGCACCACCUGCCUCUUCCCCGUGGAGGAGAAAGCUGUGGAGUAUUACUUUGCCUCUGAUGCCAGCGCCGUCAUCGAGCACACCAACCGCGUCAUCUUCCUGGAGGACGACGACGUGGCGGCCGUGGUGGACGGCCGUCUGUCCAUCCACCGCGUCAAGCGCACGGCCGGCGACCACCCGGGCCGGGCCGUGCAGACCCUGCAGAUGGAGCUGCAGCAGAUCAUGAAGGGUAACUUCAGCUCAUUCAUGCAGAAGGAAAUAUUUGAGCAGCCAGAAUCUGUUGUUAAUACCAUGAGAGGAAGGGUCAACUUUGAUGACUACACAGUGAACCUGGGUGGGCUGAAGGAUCACAUCAAGGAGAUCCAGAGGUGCCGGCGUCUGAUCCUCAUCGCCUGUGGCACCAGCUACCACGCGGGAGUGGCAACCCGCCAGGUGCUGGAGGAGCUGACUGAGUUACCUGUCAUGGUGGAGCUGGCCAGUGACUUCCUGGACAGGAACACCCCGGUGUUCAGGGAUGAUGUCUGCUUCUUCCUCAGCCAGUCAGGGGAGACUGCAGACACGCUGAUGUGCCUGCGCUACUGCAAGGAGAGGGGAGCCCUGACCGUGGGCAUCACCAACACCGUGGGCAGCUCCAUCUCCCGCGAGACCGACUGCGGCGUGCACAUCAACGCGGGGCCCGAGAUCGGCGUGGCCAGCACCAAGGCCUACACCAGCCAGUUCGUGUCCCUGGUGAUGUUUGCCCUGAUGAUGUGUGACGACAGGAUCUCCAUGCAGGAGCGGCGCAAGGAGAUCAUGAGGGGGCUCAAGGGGCUGCCAGACCUGAUUAAAGAGGUGCUGAGCAUGGAUGAUGAGAUCCAGAAGCUGGCCACAGAGCUGUACCACCAGAAGUCUGUGCUCAUCAUGGGACGUGGCUACCACUACGCCACGUGUCUGGAGGGAGCCUUGAAAAUCAAAGAAAUCACCUACAUGCACUCGGAGGGGAUCCUGGCUGGGGAGCUGAAGCACGGCCCCCUGGCCCUGGUGGACAAGCUGAUGCCUGUGAUCAUGAUCAUCAUGAGAGACCACACCUAUGCCAAGUGCCAGAAUGCUCUGCAGCAGGUCAUUGCACGGCAGGGCCGGCCCGUGGUGAUUUGUGACAAGGAGGACAUCGAGACCAUCAAGAACAACAAAAGGACAAUCAAAGUGCCCCACUCGGUGGAUUGCCUGCAGGGCAUCCUGAGCGUCAUCCCCCUGCAGCUGCUGGCCUUCCACCUGGCCGUGCUCCGGGGCUACGAUGUUGAUUUUCCAAGAAAUCUGGCCAAGUCCGUAACUGUAGAGUGAAAGAUCAUCUGAAUCAUAGGGGCAAAGGGGAAUUAAAUGAAAGACUUUUUUUGGUACCAAAAUAACUCGAUUUUAAAGCCCCCUAGGUAAAUCUUAUUUUGGUAAAUCGUUGUUUGUGUACAAGAUCACCAUGAUUCCAUUGCAUUAGUGCUUGUCCAGUUGAUUCCACGUGCUACAUCAAUAGCUCUGGGUUUUUUUCAUCUAUAGACUUCCAUGAAAGAUGUUAAAUGGUUUUCCUUAAAGAUUGCUGAGUCCUCCAGGUGAGGGGUUACUCUGAGCUGGUGUCACUGUCCCUUCCCAGCGUGGCUCACUCCAGUCACUGCUGGGAAAGCUCUGAAGGAAUUCUCAGUGCCCUGUGGUGCCCUCAGGACAGCAGGACACACAACUGGAGCAAGAGCUGGGCAGGAGUUUCACCAGUGAAGGAAACUGCAGGCAAGCCUUGGGGUGAGCUCUGCCUCAGGAAUUCAGCUGAGCUGGCACAGCCUGGGCACCUGGGGCAGGUGCCAGGGAGGGGAUGCUGCUCCAGAGGGGUUUAAUCCAUGCCAAAUCCAGAGCAAGUGACAAUCUCCUAGCCACGGUGGCCAGGGGACCCAGCAGGGCCAGGGCUGAGGGCACAGGGGUGGCCAGGGCUGGCUCUGAGCUGCUGCUGCUGCUGCUGCUGCUUGGGGCUGUUAAAACAAGGGGGCUUUUGCUGUGCUGAGGAUAUCCCCUGGAACUGAGAGCACACCUGGCUGUGGCACACCUGGCUGUGACACACGUGGCUGUGACACACCUGGGUGUGGCACACCUGGGUGACCCAGCUCUGUGACACACCUGAAGGGGAUAAAAAGGCUCCAUAAACACGACAGAAAUAUCCUUUGAAAAUUACCUUGGUAAUUAAGGAAUUACCUAAAGAAAUUACCUUGGUAGUUUUUCUGUGACAAGCUUGAAGAGAAUCUAAAAUGACACAGAAAAUACUCAGAAUGACACAGGAAAGUCACCUUCAGGACUGAAACCCUGACUUCCAGAGUCACCAGAGGGCAGCUAUCAGUGUUUCCUAAUGUGGGAAGGUGAAUUCCCUGCCAUCCUGCUGGGGUUUGAAUUGGCUUUCCACAGGCACUGUCAGACCAUGCCCAGGGUGUGAAGUGGUGCUGGGGAACAUUCCAGGUGCUUUACUGCCCCAGAAAUGGCUCUAGCACCUGGGGAGUGCCCAGUCCCAGGUGGUUUACUGCCCCAGAAAUGGCUCUAGCACCUGGGGAGUGCCCAGUCCCAGGUGGUUUACUGCCCCAGAAAUGGCUCUAGCACCUGGGGAGUGCCCAGUCCCAGGUGCUUUACUGCCCCAGAAAUGGCUCUAGCACCUGGGGAGUGCCCAGUCCCAGGUGGUUUACUGCCCCAGAAAUGGCUCUAGCACCUGGGGAGUGCCCAGUCCCCUGGCACAGGGGUGUUCCCAGACUCUGGGGUUCUGCUUUGGACCAGCCCCAGGGACUCAGCUCAGUGCCAGCAGAGGCUCAGGUGAUGAGAAGGAAAUGCUGAGUGCCUGAAGAGCUCCUCAGGGCCAGUGCCCGUGUUUGUUACCUGUCCCAUCAGCUCAUUGGUGAGCAGGUGCUGCUGCCAGUGUCUGUGUGGGAGCAGGGUGGGAAAUGCUGGGAGUGAGGCCCUGCCCUGGCACAGCUGUGCCCCAACAUCCCCUGGGCCCCUCCCUGCUUCUCUGCAGGGGGGGAUGGAGGAAAAGCAAAUUGUGCAAUGCUCACGGGUGGGAGAGAGCUGCUCUUCCUCCUCCUCCUCCUCCUCAGCUUGCUUCAGAAGCCCUGCAGGGCUGGGUCCAGGCUGGGCUCCCCCUGGCCCAGGGAUGUGCAGUGCCCCAUCCUUUGCUCUCAGAACAGCACCUGUUAAUUAAUAUUAAUUAAAAUCCCCACGAGGGGAUGAUUAAGGCCCUUUUCUGUGCCCCUGCAGCCAGCCUUGCUUCCAGGCUGCCUGGCACAGAGCAGGGGCAGCCAGCCCUGGGGCAGGGCUCAGCAGAGGGCUGGUGCAGGCUGUGAGCCCUGGUGAGAGCUGGCUGCACAGAGGACCAAAGAUCUGAGUUAGGAGGGUCCCGUGGGGCUGGGGCUCGUGCUGAGCUCUCUGGGAGGGUGCUGUGCCUCACCAGCCCUGCUCCCUGCAGCUGCUGGCUCAGGGACAGGCAGAGCCCCCCUCCUGCUGCCAAACUCUGCCAGAACCAGGGGUGCUGAGGGCUCGGCCCCCAGGGGUGCUCUGCAGCUCACCUGUGUGAGGAGUUUCCCUGCUGGGCGUGGCACGGAGCCCCUCACAGCUCCUUGCUGUUGUUGCCAUGCAGUGUGAAGUGGGAAUGUACAAAGGACUCUUUCUGCCUUUCCUUACCUCAUUCUGUCCCUGUUGCAUUUCUGAACAGAUGAUGUUUCUCUGUCCCUUAGAAAACUUUUAGGAUGUCUCGUGGUAUUUAUUAACAGCCAGUCAGUCUUCUGCUCUCCCAAAUGAAUGUUUUGCUUACUGAGCCAGUGCAAUUCUCUCCUUCCUCACUGAGGAUUGAAAAGUUCAGUAGCCCUGUCUCUGAAAUGGAGCCACAGGUAAAUGCAGACCGAGGCCUUUGCCACCUGGAGCAGCAGCUCCUGCUCCUGCCCAGCGUGGUCUCAGACCCUUCUGGUGUGAGCAGCUCUGCUCCUCACCUGCACGGGCUCAGAGGGAAGCCCUGAGCUCCUGGGGGUUGAAUUCCCAGAAACUCAGCAGGUUCCCCAAGCUCAGCCCACCUUUCUGCCCGGCAGGUCUAACCUGCUCAUGGAAUCUCUGCAGCCAGGAAGGUUUGGGUUUUCCCCUGGCUCUGCUGCACAAGGGCUGUGGGCAGUUUUUUCCCCAGAUUUUCUGUGCAGAGCCCAUCAGUGCCUGGGGCUGGGCAGGGCAGCUCCUGGGGCCCCUGGGGACCCCCUGCUGCCCAAAAAGCUGCCUGGACCCCCCGUGCUGGGCCAGGCUCAGCCCCCUGUGCUGAGAGAGCCAGACCAGCACCCAGAGCCUUUCCUGAACAGAAGCCCAGGCUGAGCCUUGAGCCCAGCCCAGGCACUGAGCUCUGCCUGAGCUGCAGGUGAAGCCUCUGGAGGCACAAACCAGCCCAGAGCUGGGCAGAACUGGGGCUGGCCCCUCCCUGGCUGUCCCCAGCUGUCCCUGGUGCCACAAGCAGGUGCCUGGUGGCCCUGUGGGAUGGAGGGAGGGGAUGAAAUUAAGUAGCUUAAGUAGCAGGUCCGUGUUUAGCUGUGGCUAAUUUUAGACCCUACCUGAAUGUACCAAACUUGCCUCAAAGCAUGGAGUCCCUCCUCUUCACCAGGACAGGAAGAAGAAGAAACAGAAGUAUUUGGGUUGGCAAAAAAAAAAAAAAACAAACAAAAACAAAAACAAAAAAAGGAAAGAAAACUUACUUGCCUUCAAUUCAGUUUCUGUAAAUAGACAUUUGAGUGGCAAACCCACAUUUGUCCCCUGUAGAUCCUGUGCUGUACAUAUCCAGCUGGCUGGGGCUGUGGGACCAGGCUGUGUUUGUCGUGUGCUGUAGCAGGAGAUGUCUUACUCUGUCUGUAGUGUUUGUUAUCAUUUGGGUUUUGUCUCUUUGCUUACUUUUUUGUAUCUCACCCUUUGAAUAAAAUCAAGUGCCCUACAUUAACCAAA